AUGCUGCUCAUCAAGCUGGGCCGCUCACCAGACGAGGUCAUAACGGUUUCUCCGGCCGACGACGCCCGCAUCCUUCGCCGCAUCGAUCUCGCUCUGCUUCCACUUAUGCUCUCUGUAUACUUCCUCCAGGCCCUCGACAAAGCUACGUUAUCAUAUGCAUCGAUAUUUGGCCUGAUCGAUGACACGGACCUAGUGGGCGACGAGUUCUCGUGGCUCGGCAGCAUUGUUUUUCUGGCUCAGCUUAUUAUGCAGCUGCCCUUGGCUUGGGCCCUAGUUAAGCUCCCAGUCGGCAAAUUCACGAGCGUCAUGGUGCUCGCUUGGGGUAUUACUUUGACCUUGAUGACAUGGGCUCAUAAUUUUGGACAGCUCAUGGUUGCCCGCUUCUUUUUGGGUGCUUUUGAGGCUUGCGUGGGACCAGCCUUUGUUGCUAUUACGCAGAUGUGGUGGAGACGACGAGAGCAAACACUGAGAAUCGGAUCUUGGUACUGCAUGAACGGCUUGACUUGGGUGUUUGGAAGUCUUAUUACAUAUGGACUGGCUAGUAUUCAUUCAUCUUUGAGGCCAUACCAGAUUAUCUUUCUCUUCUUUGGUAUUGUUACGGUCGCGGUCUCGGGGGCUAUGUUCUUCUGGAUGCCGGAUUCCCCUACCGAAGCGAAAUUCCUCACCGACGAUGACAAGGUUAUUGCUAUAGAGCGUCUUCGCAAUAAUCAAAUGGGAGUCAUGUCACGAGAGUGGAGAUAUGCUCACUUUUUCGAAACCCUGAGAGACGUCAAAACCUGGUUAUGGGUCAUCAUGAUCUUCUGCAUCUCAGUGCCUUCCAACGGCAUAUCCACCUUUGGGCCACUCAUUAUCCAAAGUUUUGUGACGGACCCAUUCCAGACAAUACUGUUCAACGUUCCAGUGGGCUUCUCUCACGUUUUGGUAGUUUCAUUGAGCGCGUAUGUCUCAAUGAAGUGGAAGCUCAAAGGACCAGUCAUUGCCAUCUUGUGUAUCCCGCCAAUCAUCGGCUUUUCGAUCCUGCUGCAUUUUCCACAUGAUAUUGAGCAUAGAGCAGUCCUACUUGCUGGGUAUUUCUGUCUUUCCACUUUUACAGGCAUAACACCACUCAUCUACUCCUGGUCGGCGCAAAAUACAGCUGGAGAUACGAAGCGCAAAUGCACAUCAGCACUCGUGUUCAUUGGUUCAUCUGCCGGCAACAUUAUUGGUCCUUUGCUUUUUACGCCAGACGAAGCGCCCUCAUAUUCACGAGGCUUGCGCGCAAACGUUGUGUUUUUUACCAUGGUCAUUGUCCUUGUGGGGAUUACAUCUCUAUAUCUGAAAUAUCUCAACUCACAUCACGCCAAGCGCAGAGUGGCACUAGGGAAGAGUGCAGUUGUUUUAGAUAUGAGCUUAGAGACCGCAGAGGAGGUGGAGCGCAUGGAAGCAUUAGAGCGAGCGAUGCGAGAGGGAACCCAGAGGCUGUCUGUGGAAAAUGGAGAUACCCGGCUUGAAGGGGACGAUGAAGAGAGCGGUGUUCAAACUGAUGAUGCCAAGGGCCGAAAGGCUUUUGCCGAUAUUACAGACCUCGAGAAUGAGGAUUUUGUGUUUGUAUUUUGA